CCAAACUCUUGUUAGAGAAAAAAAAACAAUUCUAAACAGAAACAAAACGUAUCAAUUAAAAAAAAAAAUGAAAUACGCAGAAAUAUCACAUUUCAGCCACCCUCAACACAACCUCAAAUUCGACUACACCGAGAAACCCUUCAAGUGUGAUGGAUGCAAUGAAGUCGGUAUCGGCUCUCGCUAUCGCUGCUCCCGUGAUGAUCAUGGAAGCUGCGACUUUGAUCUCCAUGCGCACUGCGCGUUACCUUCGGCUUCCAUAACGCAUCCGUUCUACAAAAAAUGUACGUUUCAGUUUUUGGCGCAGCCGCCGGGGAACGAGAGACGGUACUGCAAUGCGUGCGAGAAGGAUGUAUCGGGAUUCGUUUACCAUUGUAAGGCUUGUGGAUUUGAUCUUCACCCGUGUUGUGCUAUGCUUCCUAUGGUUUUGGACGAUGGAGAGACCAAACUCUUUCUUUACCGCAAAGUUAGUUCGUCUUGUCAUCGAUGUGGAAGAAAAGGCCGUAGCUGGAGUUACAGGUCGUCUUGCAAAAAGUAUAAUCUCCAUGUGGCGUGUGUGAGAGAGAUGUUGGUGGAGAACUGGCGAGAGCUGUACAAAGGACAAAAUGGUAAAGGCAUUGAACAUAAGAGUCUGGUUUUAAAGAACACACUUGAGCAUCACCACCGUAGCAGUCGCAAAGGUAAAGUUCAGAAAUGCUGCGAGAUCGCCGGAAUGGCCGUGCAGUUCGUUAUUUCCGCGGUGCUCGGCGAUCCAACGACCCUAAUCGCAGGGGUUGUAGGCUCCCUUAUUUCUCGAGGAUGAUUAGGGUAUUUCAGUUUGUGUGUUUAACUAUCGUGUUAUAUAAAGUCUUAAUUAGGAGAAUGUGAAAGUUGUUACAUUAGAGAGUUUGAUAUCCUAUUAAGUUUGCUUGUUCAUAAACCAAAAAAAAAAAGUCUAAUGUCAAAAGAAAACUAUUUGUGUAAGAAAGUUUAGUGAAGUCUAUUUUGAUAUGUGAUUUGAACAUUCAAAAUUUUCUUUGCUAUUUAUGAA